GUAUCUGAGUUCCUAUGAACAUGGAUAAUAAUACAGCAACAUCCUUACAGCUGCCUAAAAGUAUCUAUUUCAAAAUAACCAGCGUAGUUCCUGUUUCUUCAUAACACUGGCGUGUUCUUUAUACAGCAUAAGGCAAGUACCUCUUUCUCUGCAGAUCAGAGCCUGGGAUCUCACGAGAACCAACACUAGGUAGAGCAGGCUCCUUGAACCUGAACAUGCUUCACCUGGACUCCUGGCCACACACUCCUCACUGCUUCCUGCUAUUGCUGCUGCUGGGACUUACAUUAGGAGCAGCUGAGCGGGAGCUGAAGGUGAUUCAGCCUGAGAAGUCGGUUUCUGUCUCUGCUGGAGACUCAGCCACUCUGAACUGCAAUGUGACCACUCCACAACCUGCGGGGCCCAUAAGGUGGUUCAGGGGUACAGGGCCAAAUCGGCAGCUUAUAUAUAGUCACACAGGAGAGCAUUUCCCCAGAGUCACAAAUGUUACAGAUGUUACAAAAAGAAACAACCUGAACUUUUCCAUCCGCAUCAGUGAUGUCACACCUGCUGAUGCUGGCACCUACUACUGCGUGAAGUUCCAGACGGACUUAUCAGAGUAUGGGAAGGAGCUUCAGUCUGGGGGAGGCACUGAGUUGUAUGUGCUUGCUGAACCAUCUCCUCCUGUGGUCUCGGGUCCUGCAGCCAGAGCUGCACCUGGGCAGACAGUGAGCUUCAUAUGCAGGUCCCAUGGCUUCUCCCCUCGGAACAUCUCACUGAAGUGGUUCAAAAGUGGAAAGGAGCUCUCUCCCUUCAAAACUACUGUAAACCCCGAAGGAGAAACCCCCUACAGUAUCUCCAGCACAGCCCAGGUGGUGCUGAGCCCUGAGGAUGUCCAUUCUCAGGUCGUCUGUGAGGUUUUCCAUGCCACCUUGCAAGGAGGAUCUCUCCGUGGAACUGCCAACUUGUCUGACAUCAUUCGAGUUUUGCCCACGGUAGAGGUGAACCAGCAGCCAACAAUGAUAUGGAAUAUGGUAAAUGUCACCUGCCAGGUGAAGAAUUUCUAUCCUUUGAGCCUUCAGUUGACCUGGUUAAAGAACGGAAAUAUGCCCCAGGCAGAAGUGGCUUCUACACUCACAGAAAACAAGGAUGGAACCUACAGCCAGACCAGCUGGCUCUUGGUGAACAUAUCUGUCCAUGAGAAGGACAUGUUGUUCACAUGCCUGGUUGACCAUGAUGGACAGACAACAGUUAUUAAAAGCCAUACUGUGGUGACCACAGCACAUCAUACGGAGCAAGGUACUGCCACAAUGUCUGAUGAGGUCUCCACUCCACCUUCUUGGCUGUGUGUAAAUUUGGCCUCUUUUAUGUGAACGUAGCAGUCAUGCUUAUGGUAGGGUAAUCCUGACAACUACAAAGUAAAAUGUUUAAGUCAAAUUUCAUUCCCAACUUCUCAAAAGUCUAAUACAUCUUUCCACUGAUGUUUUCACACCAUAGAUUAAAUCCGUAAGAAAAAA